UACGCACAUCGUCGAAGUUCCCUCAACAGUCCACAGCAGUGGAGCACUGAUCCAUGGAGAAAACCUUUGAUCCCGAGUUGAUCCGUGCCAUUUUUAAGCUCGUCUGGAGCAGAAGAGCCCUAGAACGCGAUAGAAACGAAGUUACUGAGAAUUUGGAAGGCGAGGUAGGUGCUGGAACAUCCAAAAAAAACCGCCCAACUACUGCUAAUGCAAAUGCCUUGAAGCUGAGCUCUGAACUACUCAGGCUCUUUAUCACAGAAGCUGUGCAGCGUGCUGCUAGUAUUGCAGAAGCUGAGGGUGUUGAUAAAAUAGAAACGACUCAUUUGGAAAGGAUACUUCCUCAGCUACUUCUGGAUUUUUAAGGUGUUUUACUAUUAUACCCAGGGUCAAAGUAAUUGCAAAUAGAGGUGUAAAUUGAUGGGACGAUCUUAGCUGGACAGGUAGCAAACAGGUAGGCGUUUAGGUGGUUAUUCCUACUCAUUUAGUUCAGGGCAGCAUUAGUGGGAUCUAGAUCUACUAGGUUCUACACCCUCUGAGAGAUGUAGUAUGAGAUGAUGUAAUGGUGUAACAUAUGCAUUUCAGCAGUUAUGUUUCUUGGUUGAUCAUUAACU